AUGGCUGGAAACAAUAUUACAUUCAUUAACAAUCUUGACAUACAAAAGGAUGAUUUCACUGUCAAGGUUCGAAUUGUGAGGUUGUGGAAGCAACCGGUUUUUAAAAAUCCGGAUGAAAUAUACUCCAUUGAAAUGAUACUAAUGGAUGAAGAGGGCACCAAAAUACAGGCAAAUGUCCUGCAAAAAUGGGUUCCUAAGUUCAGAAACUUACUUCAAGAAAGGGCUGCAGUUUUUAUCAAGAAUCCGACAAUUGCUGGAUAUGCAACGAAGUACCAGUUAGUCGACAAUACAAACAAGUUAAAUUUGUAUUACAAGACUUCUGUUUCGAAUUGUCGGGAUUUUAAGGGUUCCAUUUUUGGAUUUUCAUUUGUCAAAUUUGAAAACAUUAAAUCCAAAAGUAUCCCAGAACAUACUGCAGUUGAUGUAAUUGGGGAGGUAAUUGCUUGUGAGACUAUGGUGACUCUUCUAGAUAGCAAUGGAAAAGGCAAAAGAAGAAUGCAACUUGAGUUGAAGGAUUUGGGGGGAGUUAAAAUACAAGUUACAUUGUGGGAGGCUUUCGCUGAGCAAUUGAAUAAUUAUGUUUCUAUAAACAAGGACAAGGGGAUUGUUGUUCUUAUUAUUCAAUUUGCAAUGGUGAAAAUUUACAGAGAAAGGCCAUUUAUUUCUAAUUCGUUCAAUGGUACGAGGCUAUUCAUCAAUUCGGACAUUGAUGAAAUUAAAGAUUUUAAGAAAAGUUUGAACCAGGAAAGUGGCAAAGUUAAAUCGUCACAACAACUUUCAAUGCUCUCUGGAAUGUCCUGUUCAUAUCGUGAAGAUUUUCUUGACAGAACCAGCAAAUCACUAAUUGUAUUAGGAAUGGUGAAAGCAUUUAGAAAAGAUGUUCCUUGGUUUUACAUGGGUUGCACGAGGUGUAACCGCAAGGUUCGACCCACGUACAUUAUUAGUGACAAGGAUGAUGACUCUGGUAUGAAAGAAGAGAGGGAGAGUUUUGAUUGUACGACUGAUAGGUGCAGAGGUAAACAGACGGAAGUGUUGCCAAAGUUCAGAAUAUCUUUAAGAGUUCAAGGUGAUACAGGAAUUGUAUCAUUAACAUUGUUUGAUCGAGAAGCUAAUAAGGUUUUGAAAAACACGGCAACAGAAUUGUAUGAGAAAGAUAGAAAGAGUGGUGAUGUAGACAUGUUUCCAAAUGAGUUGGAUGUUUUGCUUGAUCGGAGGUUUGCAAUAAAAAUUGAUAUAACUGACUACAAUAUUAAGAACAGUUGUUUCAUUUAUGACAUUUCAAAGCUAACAGAUGAUGAUGACAUUUUGAGUGAGUUGGAGCUGAAAUGUCCUUCUCAAUAUGUGCUGAUUUCACCUGCUGAAUUAGAAUCAGAAAAUCUGCAUUCAACAGAUUUCAGUUCCCAAGAGAAGUUAAAGGAUGUUGUUUCAUAUACUGGUGAGAAUGCAACACCAUCCGAUGCGCAUAAAAGCACUGCAGAUAGUCCGGAUUCAGAAGAAAAGUUGUGUGAGAGAAGGCUUAGCAAAAGAGUUGAAAGGAAGCAGCUUUUUGAAAGUUUGUAUGAUGCCGAUGAGGAAGGAAAAGGAUCGGCUACAAAAACAUUAAAGAUCCCUAAGAGGUUCUUGCCAGUUGAAAAGCAGAUCUGUAAUGAACAUGGAAGCAACUUCAGGUCCAAUGCYUGGUACAGGCAGAUCGUCUGCGCAGUUCUGUAUGAAGCAGGGAAUCAGGAGCAGAAGUUCUGCAUAGCACGAGGACAGACAUACCUCUUACUUAAGAGAUAUACCACUCUUGGAGCAAAAGAAGAAGGCAAAAUUGUUCUAAGGUCAAUCCGUAAUCUGUUAGAGUUUGAGAACUUCUUAGGAGGUUCUUGA